AUGUCCAGUCAACGGCGCAACAGCACAAUGAGGGUGCCCGCCUUCUUCCGGAGGCUAUUCAAGUUCACGUCAAUGGACUUUGAAACGGCAGUAUGGGAGAUGACACAUCUGGUCAUCGCGCCGAAGAAGGUCUUCCGGAAUAUCUACUACCUCCCAGACACGCUUCCGAUUGCGUGGGGAUUGAUCAUGCUGAUACUACGAUCUAAAGAGACGAAGAACACCUACCACCGGCCAGACCCAGCCUUCACCUAUCUUCUAUCGCUAUUCCUGUUCCUGACCGGUCUCGCCUGGGGUAUCGCCUAUGCAAGCCACGCCUUGGCCACGAUCAAAGUCGCCUUGGUCUUCGUUCUCGGCCAUUUCCUUGGUGUGUCUCUAGCCGUGGCCACGCUAAUGUACUUUCUGGUCGGUCGAGUGCUGGGUAAGCGACGGCAGGGCCUGUUCGGUCCGCCGCCUCCGAAUCCGGGCGAGGAAGGUCUUGAGUUUGGCUAUUGCUUCGAUGUCGCUAUCCGUGCCUUCUUACCCGUUUGGGUCUUCCUCUAUGUCCUGCAAUUCCUGCUCAUGCCCCUCAUCGCCCAAGACUAUUGGGUCUCGAACUUCUUUGGCAACACGAUGUAUCUGGUGGCAUUGUCGUAUUACUUCGUCAUUACCUUCUUAGGCUACAAUGCAUUACCAUUUCUGAGCAGGACCGAAGUACUACUUGCGCCGGUUCCGGUGCUGGUCGUCAUCUGGCUCAUCAGUCUGUUUACAUUCGACUGUGCCACCAGUCUAGCACCAAUUCUAUGGUGUGGUGUUGGUCUGAGAAAACCUGUAUGA